GUUAAAUGCUGCAGUCUUCAGUGAGAGACCUGAAAAAGCAUGCUAUUGAACUCUUGUGAGAAAUACAGUCUGAUGUGUUCAGAGGGUCUCCCAUAGAAGCGGACCCUCUCGGAGCAGCAGCUGCCGCCGCGGGCACGCCGUGCCGAACAGGGAGGAUGGCCGCGGGGCGCCUCCCGGGGUUGCUCUUUCUCUUGCACGCCGCGGCUCGUCUGGCUGCCGAGCAAGAAGUUGAAAACCUCUCCGGGCUCUCCCCUAACCCCGAAAAGGACAUUUUUGUGGUGCGGGAGAACAGAACGACGUGCCUCAUGGCGGAAUUCGCCGCCAAGUUCGUCGUCCCUUACGACGUAUGGGCCAGCAACUACGUGGAUCUGAUCACGGAGCAAGCCGAUAUCCCGCUGUCGCGGGGCGCCGAAAUGAAGGGCAAGUGCGGCACCAACGAGUCGGAGCUGGAGAUCUCCUGGCUGGAGCGGGCGUACACCCUCAAACUCUUCUUCCUGAAGGAGGGGCACAACACGUCCCGCGGGCCGGAGGCUUUCUGGAGGCUCAGCCGGAUCCAGUUCUCCUACGACACCUCCGAGCGCACCUACUUCAAGGACGCCGUCAGCCCUGGGAAGCACACAGCCAGUUCCCAUCGCCUCUCUGCCCUUGUCACCCCAGCAGGGAAGUCCUAUGAGUGCCAAGCGCAGCAGACCAUCUCCCUCAUCUCCAGUGAUCACCAGAAGUCUGUGCAGCUCUUGUUGUCUGAAGUCCGCAUCCAGCCCUUUGACAUCACUGCAGAUUUUGUCUUCAGUGAAGAACACAAGUGCCCGGUGGACCAGAGGGAGCAGUUAGAAGAAACCCUGCCUCUGAUUUUGGGCCUGAUACUGGGGUUGGUUAUCGUGAUAACCCUCUGUGUUUACCACAUCCACCAUAAGCUCACAGCCAACCAAGUGCAAAUCCCUCGUGACAGAUCUCAGUACAAACACAUGGGAUAGGCGACAGGACCGAGCGGCUUGAAUAUUCAUCAGGUAGAAAAAGCAAAAGCACUUUUUUCUGUGGGAGAGAAAAGGUGGUUAUGAGGGGGGAAGAGAUGGUAUUCACAACACCCAACUGUGCAGGUAUUUUGUGGAGAUGCAUGAGGUUACGCUUUAAUACAGUGAGUGCACAGACACCGCUGUCUCCAUAAGACAACCAAGCAUAUUUAGGAGUCUGUCUGUGGCAGUAGGUGCUAUGAAUACCCUCUUAAUCAGAUGGUUUGAACACCUGCAAUCAAAUACUUCAUGUUAAUGGCUAACACGGGGGCAAAAUGUUUCUGUUUCUUCCUUUUUUCUUCUUUUUUUUUCCUCAAGGGACUCUUACCUCCCCAUUGCACUACUCUUGGUGUGUGUUCUGUCUCUCUGUGUACGUUCAGGGAGCAGGGCUGGGGGGACAGGGCCAUUGCAUGGGCUUCAUUAAGGCCCUCUGAGAAAGGGGCUCGAACCACAUUCCUGGCAUUUGCACUCGUGUUAAGGAAAGCAGGAAGAGGUACAGGUGUACAUUGGAAAAAUUCAGGCCAGGUCCUCAAGCUGGUAUAAACUGGAGUACUCCAGCAGAGCAGAUUGCAGCCAGCUGAGGAACUGGCCCAACACUUGAGGUGGAGUGAAGAAAGUUUGUUUUUGCUUCCUGAGCCACAUCUGAAUUAAACUUAACAAAAAAAAAAAAAAAAGAGGAGAGAAAAAAAAGAGUAUUGAUACACAAAUUAUAAAGUGCCAUGCUACUGCAAGUCAACUGAGAAAUGCUUCUGGCUGGACAUCCUGCACGUAUUGUGAUUGUUGUUGAGAUGUUACAUUGCUACCUGCAACUGCUACCUUCACAAUGAAACAAAAACAAAAAAACAGAAAUAUUCAAGUUACUAUGCAGAUUAUUCAGGUAUAAUCUAAUGUAACAGAAAACAUGUAAGGAAACCCUGGGAAUCUAAUCUUAAAUGUAGGCCAUUUUUAAAUGAAUUAAAACAUGUACAUAUGUCGUA